CAAGCCAUAUCGCGCGAACUGAUAAAAGCGCAAUUCAUUUGUGACGGUGCUCAUGCGACAAAAAUUAUCGUUGCACCAAAAGCUUUAGAAAGCUAAUGGCGGUAUAAUUAUGAACAUGAAUAAUAUGUGAAAAUGUAUAUGAAAAUAUACAAAAUUGAUAAUAAUUUAAUAUUGUCACCUGGUACUUGGGAGACUUUGAAAGGCAUAUUUCUAACAUUACUUACAUACAUCUCAAAUAGUCCGGAUUGUAUGAUGGUAUCGUGCGCGUAAUUAAGUUUGUCGCGUUUCUAUAAUUAAAUGAUAGAGUUUGUUUUUUGAUUACCAAUAAACAUCACCAAUCGAGCCCCCCGUGUAAUCUCUUGAUAACCGUUGAAAAGUGACUUUAAAAAACGAUGUGAUUAUAACUCUAGCCAGGGGUGGGACCGUGAUGAAGAUACGAGGGACCCGAUUGUCGAUCGUUACGUCAACCCGAUUUUGAUAAUCUUUUUUGUUUACAUGUCAUGAACAUGAAAACAACACUUAUGAUACGCCGACGACUGAUGUUUACAAAAAGCCGGAUUCAGCCUUAAGGGCGGAAUUACAAAAGAUCACGGAGGCUUUAACAGCCCCGGGUAAAGGAAUCCUCGCAGCUGACGAGUCACCUGUUUCUCUUACCAAAAGAUUCCAAGAUUUGAACUUAGAAAACAACGAAACACUCAGAAGGGAUUACAGACUGAUGCUAUUUUCGGCGGAAAAGAAUCAAAUAUCGCAGUACAUCAGCGGCGUGAUUCUCCACAACGAAACUGUUUACCAAAAAGCAUCCAGCGAUACCGAGUUUCCCGAAUUCCUUCGAAAAAGGAACAUCAUUCCAGGUAUCAAGGUUGACAAAGGUCUCGUGGAGAUGUUCGGUUCAGACAACGAGACCACGACACAAGGGCUGGACGAUCUUCUCGAACGAUGCAUCGAUUACAAGAAAAAAGGCUGUCACUUCGCAAAGUGGAGAUGCACAUUUCGCAUCACUGAUACGCUACCCAGUCGACAAGCCAUCGAAGAAAACUCUAACAUCUUGGCAAGGUACGCGAGCAUCUGUCAGAGUGCAAGAUUGGUUCCAAUAGUGGAACCGGAAGUCCUGACUACCGGUGGUCAUAGUUUGGCCAGAAGCCAGCAGGUCCACGAAGAGAUUUUCUCCGCUCUCUAUCGCGCUAUGAUCCUGCACCACGUUUUCAUCGAAGGAACAAUUUUGAAGCCAUCGAUGAUCCUGCCAGGAGUCGAAAAUGGCGACUCAUGCAGCCCGCAACUAAUUGCUGAAGCAACGUUAACCACGUUAAUGAGAACCGUACCGUGCGCCGUUCCAGCUGUCACAUUUCUGAGCGGCGGUCAAAGCGACGAGGCAUCGACGAUAAAUUUGAAUGCAAUUAAUUCGUUCAAGGGUAAAAAGCCCUGGACUCUCACUUUUUGUUACGGACGCGCUCUUCAGAUGUCGGCGUUGAAAAUAUGGAACGGCGAUUCUUCACGGGUGAAAGAUGCCCAAGCUGAGUUCUUGCGAAGGGCUAAAGCGUGCUCUUCGGCAGCUUUAGGAAAGUAUAACGAAGAGGGCAUUGACUGCGGCGAAAUAGCUCCGUGUAAAAUUACGGCUUGAUGACGAGAGUUAUACAAUAACGGCGUUGUAUAAAUAAUUGCGACAUGCGUGAAUUCCUGUACGCCAAAAAUUUCAUAGAGAAGAAUUCCGCCCCGUGAUACCGAUAACGGCGUCGAUCCACGUUGUACACAUAACAAGUAUAUACAUACAUCGCAACGCACGAUAUCAAGUGAAAUAUUGUACCUCAAUUUUACUUGAAUUAUUUACGUCCAGAAUUACGGUUGUCACUUUAUUCGUAUGAAUGAGAAACGGCGUAAGGUACACGGCAGAUAAUCAGGAAACGAUGAGAUAUGGCUUGAAUGCGUUAUGAAAUGCAUACGGGGCAAUUCUCUGCCUGUUUUUUAGAUUACUUUAUAUGCAGGUCAAAAGUCAAAGAUCUCCAAGGAAACGUCUUCGCUGUAAGGCGAGAAUCAUAAUAGUGGUACGUUGAAAACUUAUCUAUUAUACACACCACUUUCUCAAGUUUCGUUAUCAUCGUCGCUCCCUUGAUUACCCCAUACGCUGAACCAACACUGUACCUACUGUACGCGUGGACAAAUAUUUGCUCCUUCGGUCUUACGAAAUUUUACACAGAGAUCCCCUAAGCAAAGACGUUUUCAACCUCCCAAGUCUCAAGACUCGAAAAAUAUGUAAUUAUCAUCUCCUGGAAGCAUAUUCUCUUUUUUCUCUCCAUAUUUAAAAAAAAAUUUUAAGGGAUCGGGAAUAUAUUAUUACACGUAAAAGCACAAGGCAAUUGAGAACUACCCUUAAUCGAUUUCGGAAUAAUUAUGUCGUACUCUCAUCCUCCACUGCCUGAAGUGUGCGAGUCAACAUUAUGAUAGCUAAGAAUCACAUUAUUUCGGGCUUCAGGGUGCAGACUUAUAGUCCACGUAUGAAAAUAGCAUCAUUUCGACGUUCGCAUUCUAUGAUUCCAAAUUGUCAAGGGCAAAAGAACAGGAAUCUUUUGUCACGAUGAUCGUCGCUCCGACGUAACUGCAUUAUCAGCGUUGGUCCAACACAAUUCUACCAUUGGAAAGCUCCCAAUUUGAUGAAUGGAUGUCAAUGGCGUGAUUUACUAUAAUUAGGCGCCCGCUAGGAUGUUAAAUUAACUUCAGGUUCUAGUUCACGUAACAAAACGAAUGCAAACAAUCGUAGGAGCCACGGUAUACGAUCAAAAUGCAUACGCCCAAGCCAACCAAAUCGAUGAGAUUAACUAAUUGGGAGUUUCAGGGAUUCGGUGGAAAAGAUGAACGGAUCUCAGAUGAUUGGCCCUCCCAUUGAUAUAUAUGGGAUGCACUCAAUGAUUUUUUCGAAUGUCACAGAAGGUGCCCUUGAAUGACCUCCAAAUCAACGAUUCUCAAACAGGGGGUCUCGAAAAUUUUACGCUCUGCCAUUCAACGGUGCUCGCUUUCCGCUGGAAGUUGCACAUCCAAUGGUCGAUAUUUCGUCAUCAUCUGGCCGUCCCCUCCAAUGAACUUCUCGCUAAAAAUACGAUGCUGUCCGAGAUAACUUCAAGAUACGAUGUUUUUGGACCGAAUUCUGAGACCCGUUAACGUGCCUAUCGACCGUUGAUUUAUUCUCCUUUUCAUCACUUUGGAACGAUAUUUGAAUAAGCCCACGA